AAAAGAAAUAUGGGUUUUACUGAUAAGCAAGAGGCUUUAGUUAAUAGUUCAUGGGAGUCAUUCAAACAAAAUCUUUCUGGCAAUAGUAUUUUGUUCUAUACUAUUAUACUCGAGAAAGCACCUGCAGCUAAGGGUUUAUUCUCUUUUCUUAAAGACACAGCUGGAGUUGAGGAUAGUCCUAAACUUCAAGCCCAUGCUGAACAAGUAUUUGGAUUGGUGCGCGACUCAGCUGCUCAACUCCGAACAAAAGGAGAAGUAGUUUUAGGAAAUGCUACAUUAGGGGCUAUUCACGUACAAAAGGGAGUCACUGAUCCUCAUUUUGUGGUGGUUAAAGAAGCUUUGCUGCAGACAAUAAAGAAAGCUUCUGGAAAUAAUUGGAGCGAAGAGUUGAACACUGCUUGGGAAGUAGCUUACGAUGGAUUAGCAACCGCAAUUAAGAAGGCAAUGACUUAAACAUAAAAAAUAUAAUAAUU